CUCUGCAGGAAGUGAAGCUGAAUUUCACAAAUCUUCCCUUUCUGACGUCUCCCGAAUUUCUAGGAAUACCCCUUCCCUGUUACUAUAUUUGGUGGUAGUUUCUAGGAAAAAAAAUAAUUUUCGGACGGUCUUGGACUCACCACACCUCCUCGCAGAGGACUGUGCGCCCCGGGUCUCCUGGCACGGCCCCCACGGAGUUGAGGAGCUCACGGCUCGGGCUCACAACUCCCGGCGCAGACUGCACGUCUUUGUAGCACUGUUGGAGGAAUGAGCAUGGAGAAGGAGUGGGAAGGGGAGAGGUGUCUUUGUGGCAACAAUGAGUGAAUCUUCUCUAGUUUUUUUCCCGGCUGCUGCUCUUUGUUUUUUUGCUUGUGGCGUGACCGUGAUGAAGAAAUGUUUCAGGGCGCCUGGCAGGGUGAUCUUUUUAUGUAAUGAGUCAGGAUUUUGCCAACGGAAGGAGCCGGCUCGGAGCGAGGACCGGAGGGCUGUCUCCUUUCAAGAACGGGGACCUGCCCGGCGAGCGGCUCCCUGCGCGCGGGAUCCCCGCUCGCUGCGGGCGCUGAUCCCUUCCCGUUCCCGGCUCUCCGGGGCACCGCCGCGGCCACUGACAAGCGGUGAGUUGCGCUCUCCCUCCGCGCCCCCGCUCCGCGCCGCCCGCCCGCCCGCGGGGAGCAGCGCGGCCCCGCGACGUCCCCGCCGAGGCCGCAGGUGCGGCCGCCGCCCCGCGCCCCCUUCCGCGGGCAGCCGGGGCCGCGCCUUGCGCGGGGAUGGGGCGGCUCCGCGGCGGGCGGGCACCGGGGCGUGCGGGCGCGGCCGAGGCACCGCGGUCGCGGAAAGGCGCCCCGGGAGCGGCGGCGGCGGCGCCGCGGGGCCGCGCAUCGGCGGGCACGCGGCCCCGGGCAACUCCCGGCGCGGCCCCGCGCCCACCUGCCGCAGGCCGCGGAAGGUGCGCGCCGGGCGGGGCGCCGGGCCCGCCGCGCCCCGCGGGGAAGGGGCGGCUCGCGUGCCGGCACCCUCGGCAGCCACAGGUGUCCGCUCCCCACGGUGUCCGCUCCCCACGGUGUCCGGCCACCGCUCCCGUCCCGCUGCCUCCGCGUGGCUGCUGCGGCGACUUUGGCCAGGCACAAAUAACUCCAAAUGCGCGUGCGGAGGUGGUCGAUACGCACCGUCUGAUCAGGUCGUGUGAAAGCCAGAAAAACCUCCUAAAUCAUCACAGCCGUAAAUAAGUCAGUUAAAAUGUAUAGUCUGUAGAAAGAGGAAUUAUUUAAACAUUUCUACUUAGCCAGAAUUUCCAUCAACUUCUCUGCGUUCUCCUUUCAGGAUGUAUUUAUAAAGGUGUUUAUAAAGCAGUUCAGCUAGGACAGCAUUCUUCAGCUCCACAUUUUGAUUGUCAAAAGUAGAAUGAAUGUAAUAGUGGCUUUUCAAGGACAAUAAUUAGUUUCUUUUAAAGUAACUGACGGCAUUAACCUACUUCAGCCAUCCAAGUGUGAACUAUAAUGCUUUUAAACAUGGAUUUUACAUAGAAGCUCUGUUGGAAUUAUAAAGUGAAGAUUUAGACUACGUUCCUUUUGUCUGUGAAUUUCUACUUUUCCUCUCAUCUUUAAAAGAUCUUAUGAAACAAUAUUGAGGGUAGUAAGAUGAUGAUGUAGAGCUGAAUACUUGAGACUAUCAUUGUUAGUAGGAAGAGACCUGUUUUCAAGUAAAGUGAAAAUAAUUUCUAGUUUAUUGUACAAAUAACAAAUUUAGAAUAAUGACAGCUAUUUCUCUAUAAUGUGUCAACUUAAUUCUGAAAUACAGUGAAACAGAUAAAUAAUAACUUGUUACACACUUUGAGAAGUCUUAAUAGAUAUUUUGAGUGCUGAGUCUAAUAACUGUUAUUCUGUGUCAUUUUAUAGACACUUAGAAAAGUUACUUCUUACCUGCUUGAUAAAUAAUUCAUAAAAUACUAAUAAAAUCAGUUAGUAUCUGUUAGCAAUUCUUGCUGUCCAGAAAGUGAAGGAGGAUGUAUUGCGACUGGGCUAUAACGUUCUCUUUUGAUUAGGCUGAAAAUUACCCACUCUAUAAGCAAUGACUCAGUCGAUUGGGCAUAUCUCACAAAGAUACUUUACUUACAAAUUGAAUCUUGGAAGGCUGUGGUUCCAGAGUCGGGGUUUUGGGGGCGAGAUGAGCUUAUGUUUUAUCCAACUGGCCCACAAAGUCCCGCUUUUGGUGGUCACUUUGUUCUGCAAAAGAAAACAGCACAUUAUGGCUCUUACAUUGGACAGUAAACUUAGUAGUAAACUACUGCUGCACUUAGUAAAGGGCUAUUAUACACUUUAAAUAAAUAAUCAUGUUCUAGCUUUAGUGUUGUUUUCAGCAAUAAAAAGGUGGAUAGAAAAGAAAAUAAUUCCGAAAGUUAAACAUAAAAGUUUUCUAACUAUUGGUGAUGUUUUUCUCUUAAAAAGCCAGCAAAUGCUGAAGAAAAAGUCACCUUUCAAAGGGUGCAAUACAGGUGAAUUGGGAGAAAAGCUGGUCCCUAGAAAAGAGAGACAGUUUAAACCUUGAAAAAAUCUUUUAAACACUGGUAGCAUUUGUAUUGUCAACCCCCACCUCAUUUUUUUUUUUGCUCACAAAGUAUUCAGUUGUGAUGUAUCUCUUGAACGUUCCUUUCUGUGUGUCUGUGUGUGUCCACAUGUGUACAGUCUUUAUCUAUGAUUCAAUUUAAAGACUGCUGAUUUUUGUACUGUUAAAAGUGUGAAAUAUAUUAUUGUGAGUAAGGCAGUGUAAACCUGAGCUUGGUAGAGCUGUUUAAGUUCAUGUUACUAUUUACAUUUUGGUAUCAAUAUCCUAAAGUAUUGAAGUAUUAUUUUUACUUAAAAGUUACAUAGCUGUACUUUGCUCAUGGGAUUCUAGAAAGUGUUGAAAACACUGGUAGAGGUACUGAACUUUCUCAUGGUUCCAAAUACACUGCACAGAUAUUUAACACUGAAUGAACACAUGAUACACAAUGUAAUUUAUACAAUGUUUCAUAUAUGCAGCAUAUUCACACAAAAUACAUGCAGGAGCUCAGCUAGUGUAAAUGUGUCUGUCGUAGUUUUGACAUUUAAUGCCAGCUAAUCACCUGCUUGAGCUACACAUAAACAUCCAGACAUUCACAUUGUGAUCAUAUUGUCACUAUAGUCAGGCUAAUUUUAAGAGUUGACCUAUACAGACUGAAUCAAUUUGAGUAUUUCAAAAAGGCCUGGAAAUUCAGCUGAAGUGAGACAGUGACGCACUGUUAAAGCAAAGUUGUUGGCAUGUGAUUUAUCUGAUGACUAUGUGCAGGAUCUGUACAUUUAUGCAAGUGAAUAUCAGGAUCAGUUAUCAAGUUUUUCUAUAGAAUUCUCAUAUUUUACAUUUUAUAGCAACAUAAUUGCAACAAAAGUGGAAUAGGAUGUGUCCAAACCUCAGUGCAACAAAUUCCUCACUUGUUUAAGACUGAAAUCUGAUUUGGAGGAGCUUAGGUCAGAACUGUGGUGCUGAUGUACUUUUUAGCUACUGUUUUCCAUGAAAAUAAUACUGUUCAGAAGCAGCAGUUAUGAAAGGUUAAAUUUUCAUAAGCCAAUUAAGUUAAAAACAUAACUGUAGAAAUUUUUUAUUUUUGACUUAUACUAGAGUAUAUUAGUACUUAGUUUGUGAAUACAUUCCAGACUUGUCCAGUCUUCAUAGUUGUCAGAUUUGGACUGGUUUAAUUCCUGUGGUCUGUUCUCCAGUAUUCUGAGAAUGUAAGAGCAGAGAAUCAGAGAUGAGAAAGUGGAUCAAUGUGAGGAUCUUGCUUUAAGAGAACAGAGAAACACAUCCAAACAUCAGCAAAGAUCAGCUCUGCUCUGCUGAAAUACCACAGUUGCUUCUUACCAACUGUUACUUAAAAGCUCUUAAAUUAAAAUGUAAUUUUGUGCAGCUACUUCCAGUAAGAUGUAAAGAUCACACUUUGUUAAUCAGCUAUUUUUAGAUUAUUUUUUAAAAUAGAUUCUAUCUGCUAUCUGGCUCUCUAUUGAGGAUAUAUAAAAUUCACUUGCAUUGCUUCUUGCACCAAUAACCUAGCUAUAGAAUUAAUACACUAUUUAAAUGAUCAAUGAGCAGUGUUAAAGAACACAGUUAUGCUUCUGUAGGCCUUCCUCAUACAAUAUUUUUAUUCACAUUUUUUCCCAUCAAUAAGCUUACAGAAAGAGCUCCUGUUUGUCUCUGGUGUGCAGUAGAACAGACAGUUUGCUGCUGCUAUAGAUAUCAUGCAUAUAUUUUAAACUUUGAAUGGAUGUUCAUUUUGCAUGUGUUACUUAAAUUAAUGAUUAUUAGAGAAAACAUUGAUAGAUUUCCUAAACAUCUGUGUUAUAAAAAUUUGAUGUCUUUCCCUCACACUGGUUUUCCCAGCAGGUUUGUGUGCAGCUUGGGGUGCUGGCCUCAGAGCUGAGACUCCUGAAGUGCACUGUGUACCCACAGUAUUAAUAAUUAAAUACCUGGGAUCAGUCUAUCUUGCCAUUUGAUAUGAAAAAAGAAAUUUACAGAAGAUAAAAAAUAGAUGGUAUGUUUGUAAUAAAAAUUAAAUUUUCUUCAGAUAAAAAUGUCAUUAAUUAUUGAAAAAAAAUUUCGAAAUAUCAACCACAAUUAUUUAUUGCAUUUAUAAUUUACAAAAUUGAAAGUCCUACUAGCUGUCUUUCUAUUUAGAAUAAAUUUAAAACUACAUUUUUAGAAUUACUUUUCUGCAUUUUUAAGCAAAUCUUUAAAAAACCAGCUCACAAAACACACUGAAUCAGCAGAGGAUUACCAAAUGGCCUAAUCUGUUUACUUUUGAAAUUUUAUUGAAAGCAGUGAAAAGAUCAGGAUCUCCCCUGGAAUCCUGUGGCAUGGUUUGGAGCUUGCUCUGGGGCCUGUAUUUUCUGCAGCAAGGCUUCAACCUUUGACACCUCCUGAUCCUGUGUUGCAACAGAAAAGUUUUGUGACUCCCCUCUGAUCCAGCCACAGAAAAAGAGACAGAGAGCUAACGACCCCAAGCUUGGAAACUCAUGACCUGGAACAAUUAAAAUUUUGCCUUACUAAAGGCUGCAGAAUCAGUUGUCCUUCCCUAGGAAAUUAUCCAGAGUUUUUCUGGGCAAGAGCACAGACCCCCGAGGUGUGAAUUUUAAACUGUGCCUUGUUCUUUGCUCCCUGUUGCAGUGUUACACACCAGCCUUGCUUCCCUGGGGAGAACCUGGAGCUCAGGCUGCAGGAAAGGUCUGUGCAAACACAAACCAGUCUGUUCAGGCAUAUUUUUCAAGGACAUUACUCAAAAGAUAAUUUUACCUGCCUUGGAAAUUGUAUUAGAAGCCUGUGAAGCAAAAACAAAACAAAGAAGUGGAUUUUUGUAAAUGGCUUUAAGAGAUUUGGGGAAAACCACUGCUACCACCUGGAAGCUGCAGCUGUAGUGGAAGACAUGGUAGAAAAGUGGUUCAGACCCUGUGGCUUGAGCUUCUGGUGGAAUCAAUGAAUUUAAACAUCAUUGGCCCAAUUCACAGUGCACAUCAGGUAAUAACUACACUAAUCCCUUGCUGCAAUGCCAUAUGCUAUUCUCAGUCAAACAGUGCAAACAUGUAGGGAAUUUGGUAAAGGUAUAAACAUGGAAAAAAGAAACAAAGAAACAGGGUUUUGCCUGUGGUCAAAAUGCCCAAAUAGUUCCUGUUUCCAAGGUUUGGGGGCAAGGGCAAUAAUUCUGUAUUCAAGUGUGAAUGGAUAGGCCGUAUUCAGCUUGGGAAUUUUUUUCAGGACCUUUCCUAAAACACCUACAGAGUAAAUAAAGAUAAUAUCAGCAGAACUAAAGCCCCAUGCAUUAGUGAGGUAACUGGCUUUGUGAGGUAGCUGACAGGGCUACACCUUAGCAGUUGGCUCCAGAAGGUUACUCCUGAUCUCUGACUCCCUGUUGGAUACAAAGCUCUUUAUUUACCAACAUCUUUUUUAAUAUUGGAAUUGUAAUUCUCUACAGAUGGGCUCCAGAGUUUUGUUGUUUUUUUGGGGUUUUUUUCCUGUUUGGAGUAUACCUGCUCCUAGCUCAGCUCAAAAGAAGUCAUAAAAAUUUGAGUCCUAUCUGAUUUCCUAGUAUCCUGAAUACUUACAUUGUUGAUAUAAAUGAAAAACUUUUGAACAAAACUGUUUUGAUAUUUUCAGUUAAUACUGUUAAAUUUGAUUUAGCUGUUAAUGGGGGAGACUACAAUUCAACACUAUAAAGUAGUAUUUUUGCUGUUUGAAGUAUCUCAGCUUCAGUCAGACAGUCCAAAUCUUUUACUGCAAUUAUGGCCUUUCUAUAUGAACCAAUAUAAAAUAGUAUCUGGACACUAAUUUUUUAAAUAGAGAUUUUCAUUUGUAGGUCAGGACAAGAAUUAAAAAAGAACACAUACACCCCCCCCCAAAAAUAUAAAAUGUGUUUUGUCAUCUACAACAAGGCAUGUAUUGGCAAGGCAAAGUUGUAGGACAAGGUGAGAAAAAUAAUUCCAGGAUGUUUCAGGACUGGCCCAUAUGCAUCAGGAAAAAUAAGUCAAUACAGUAAUUGUACUGAAAGGGCAUUUCUAGAUGUUACACAUUGCUGCUGUUAAAAAUUUCUGGUUUAUGGUCAGCAAAAUCUGGCUUUCUGCUUUGAUGCUGCUGCUGUUUGUAUUAAAGCUUUUUUUUGUAAUCAAAGGCCUGUUUGAAAUCACCUCUGCACACACACCUCUGUCAGUAGGUGCCUGGAUGCUGCUCUAAAUCAGAAGUAUCUCCACUGAAUUCACUGGAUUUACAUCCAUAAAAAAUGCAAGUGAGAUCAUGUUAAAGUUUCUGGAACCUGAGAAAAUAAUUUAGUUAAUUUUUCAUAUUUUAACACGAACAAAGGACAAAUGAAUUACACAGAACAUAGUACUAAAUAAUGUGAAGAAUUGAGGAUUGCUUUUUUCAACAAUAUUAUUGUUAUAUUUUAUGCUUUGUACUACAAGAAUCUGUGAAGAAUAUGCCUGUUAGGUGCUAUUCAGUGUGGAUUGUUCUAAAAUAGUAACUUUUCACUGGGCAUGCCAAUUGAAUGGGCAUAACUUAAUGUGCUACCUGUUCUACUAAUGACAUUUAUAAAUAUGGGGAUAAUUCAGCCUACUAAAUUGGGAUUCCACUUUGUAUUUUCACUCUGACUGGUCCUUCUGUAUGUAUGGAAAACUGCCCAGACAGUUCAUUGGAAAAUAUCUUAAAAUUCUUUAAAAUGAAAGAUGUUCUAUUAUUCUAUUAUGUAUAACUUUCUUCUAUAAACUAAUGUUCACUCUGCCAAUGAAGUAUCCUUAAAAAUGAGAAAUGCAGGUCAAGAGUUAAUGAUGAUUAUCUUGGGGUUUUGUUUUGGUGGGGUUUUUUUGGGUUUUGGGGGGUUUUUUUGAGAGCUGAAAGAAGAAAUCUUGUCCUGUCUUGUCUUCAUGCAAAAUGUAUUUUACUUCCCAAAAAUAGUAUUUCUAAGAUAGCUGCCUCAGAAUUCACUUUAUUGCAUGGACAGAACCAUUUUCUACAUCCAGAGCUAAUGAAGUAGAGGAUCCUUGAAAAACUACAGUUUUACUCUCCAGUGGACUAACAGAAAAUUAUGAAAUCCUGAGGUAUUGUUGGAAAGUUGUUCUAACUUAAAAAUCUUUUCUUUAUAGUUUCAUUCUUGAUGUUCCACAGCAUUCACCACUUCCUGCAUGGCUUUUAACCGCAGGGAAAAUGAGGGACUUUUGGGGGCAGAUGUGUUUCCAUUACACUAUCAUAAUGCCCCUAAAAAUCCUUAUUGCUCUUGCAGUAUUCUUCUGUAUUGCUGGGCCUGGUGAGAACUACUUGAAGACCUAGCUUAUAAAUACAGCUUUUCUCUAAAAACACUUUAAAAACACCACUGAGUUUUAUUUUGCUUGUCUUAUAUUAUUUUUAGUUGUGUUUACUGUUGCUUAAAAUAUAAAUGGCAAGAUAUGCAACCACCUGUUGGUAAAUAAAUGUCAUAAGUCAUAAAUCCAAGGGACAUGCUGGUAACUGCAUGGGAUUAUCAAGAGGGGUCUGUUUGGGUUUAAGAGUGAGAGCUUCAUUUUUUGGGUACAACGAACUUGUUUUUUAUGUAAGAAUUUAGCAUUUAUGUAUCUGAAAAUAUGACAGCUGUUUUGCAAGCUAACUCAAAUGACUGCUGUAAGUGAGCCUCACGUAGAAUAUUUACUGCUUUUGGAAACACGCAUCAGGUCAUUUAUCAAAUGCAUAGAUCUGUCCAGUACAUUUCUUUGAAUGCACCAAAAUAUUAAAAUCAUGUUUUAAUACAGUCUCAAAAUAAAAUUAUGAUUAUACCUGCGGAA